GGGUAAAGGCGGAAGUGAGGCCCGGGGCCUGCAGACGCACCGGCGGGAGCGGCGCUGCGGGCGUUGCAACCUGCCUACAGGUGGAUCCCAGUGCAGAACCUGCAGCAUCCUUAACUCUCGGCACUCCUGCACUUAGACCACAAUGGCAGGUCGAGGUGGAGCUGCCCGACCGAAUGGACCAGCUGCUGGGAACAAAAUCUGCCAGUUUAAACUUGUUCUCUUGGGCGAGUCAGCAGUGGGGAAGUCCAGCCUGGUCCUGCGCUUUGUGAAGGGGCAGUUCCACGAGUACCAGGAGAGCACAAUUGGAGCUGCCUUCCUAACACAGACAGUGUGUCUGGAUGACACAACGGUGAAGUUUGAGAUCUGGGACACGGCGGGGCAGGAGCGAUACCACAGCCUGGCCCCCAUGUACUACCGGGGGGCUCAGGCAGCCAUCGUGGUCUACGACAUCACCAACACAGACACAUUUGUACGAGCCAAGAACUGGGUGAAAGAGUUGCAGAGGCAGGCUAGCCCCAAUAUUGUAAUUGCACUAGCAGGAAACAAAGCAGACCUUGCUAACAAGAGAGCUGUGGACUUCCAGGAUGCACAGACAUAUGCAGAUGACAACAGCUUGCUGUUCAUGGAGACGUCAGCGAAGACAGCGAUGAAUGUGAAUGAAAUCUUCAUGGCAAUAGCCAAGAAACUGCCAAAAAAUGAACCCCAGAAUGCUCCUGGUGGCCCAGGCAGGAAUCGGGUGGUGGACCUUCAGGAGAGCAGCCAGCCCAGCAGAAGCCAGUGCUGCAGCAACUGAGCAGCUGCUGCGGCCCUGAGCCCCGCAGGACGUGACUGGAACCCACGCUAACGAUCGCACUUACCGUAGGGCGGCUGCUGCCGGCGCCGCCGUGAUUCUCCAUCCCUUUCUGAUCAUAGGCUGGAGGGAGUUCUUCCACCUGCACCUUUCUGUACAAAUACUAAUUCAAUUCUAAGUCUUAAGUCACUUUUUUAAUAUAUGAACUUCUGCUCUUCCCUCUUCCUGGUGGUGGUGGAUGCAGGACCUGGUGUCUGCCCAGCCAGCGUGGCCGUCCCGCAGGUGAGGCCAGCAGCAGCCAGGUCCCACAGCACUGUAGUUCACUAUGGGAAACAAAGGGAUAUUGGGACACGUGUUUAAAGUUCCCUGUCUGUAAGAGCUGAGGCUGAUCCCGUACGAUGCGCCCAGAACAACCACUAAACUGUAGCAUUAGAGACAAACUCUGGCUCUUGGGCCACUUAUUGACCAAAUCAAUGAUGAGUAUUUGGGGUGGGGCAGAGGGAAGCAAAACUGGUUUCUUCUGUAUUUUGUAUUGUAUGUUUCUCCAUGUAACCAAUCAGUAUCUUGUCAAUAUAGUACAUCCAAC